AUGUCUUCUCACAAGGCAUUCCAUAUCAAGAGGUUCCUGGUCAAGAAACCAAAGCAGAGUCGGCCCACUGCCCAAUGGAUUCAGAUGAAACCCGGGCAGAGAUCCAAGAGGAGACGCUGGAGGAGAACGAAGCUGGCCGGGAAACUCCACGACUGA